UGUGUGUAAAAAAAAGAAAAGCCCUGCAAUUAUUUACAGCGUAUUUUAAAAUUCUCCUUUCGAGUUCUUUUCAUUUUUUUCGCACCGAAAUGGAAGGGAACGUUUACGGAGCGGCCAAAGCGGGCGGUGCCUUCGACUUAGUGAACUUUCUGAAACAGCCGCAGACCAUCGCCAGGUUCCUGAGUUGGGUCUUUGCAAUAGUUGUCUUCGGCUGCAUCGUGAGCGAGGGCUAUGAAAACACCCACACAUCUGGAGAGUUGAAAUGCAUCUUCAAUGGAAACACCAACGCCUGCCACUACGGUGUGGGGAUCGGAGUGACUGCAUUCCUCAUCAGCACCGUCUUCUUUGGGCUGGAUGGCUACUUCCCCCAGAUCAGCAACAUCACUCAACGCAAACACAUCGUGAUUGUUGACCUGGUGGUUUCAGCUUCCUGGACCUUUCUGUGGUUUGUCGGCUUCUGCUACCUGACCAAUCAGUGGGGGUCCACUCCCCUCAAGGAGUACGGGGUGGACGCCAGCCGAGCCAACAGCGCCCGGGCUGCCAUCGCCUUCUGCUUCUUCUCGAUUUUCAGCUGGGGCUUCCAGACGUGCUUCGCCCUGAAGCGAUAUCGCAUGGGGGUGGAGGACUUUUCCGACAAGUACACGGACCCCACCCACGACACCGCCGGGCCGUACUCUGCUUACCCGAGCAAUGCCGACGACAACUACCAGCAGCCGCCGUUCACUGCUGCCCCGGAACAGGGCGCGGACGAGUACGUGCCUCCCGUGUACUAGAGGGGCGAAGCGGACCCGGAGCCCUGCCCGAGCAUCUGAGACAGCUUGCCAACGUAACGCAACGACGGCGCUCCGUGGCCUUUCCUUGUAAUAUCUUUAUGUGGCUUUCGCCCCUUUUUCCCCCCCUUCCCUUUUUUUUGUCCCACCCCUCUUUUUUUUUGCUGGGCCUGCAGUGAGUGUCAUGACCCGCUUCCCAGUGUCGCUGCUUCAAUGUGAGUAAGUGUGAGUGAGUGAGUGUUGCUGAAUAACUCUACUCCCCCCCACCCUCUCCCUCCCUCCCUGGCAGAGGGAUGCACCCAACCCUUACCUUACCUCACACACACCCCAUUCCCACCCCCCACCCCAUCACCCCACCGAGGAAUCGGGCACGCACUCACUGAUUGCACUCUCAACCCAGCCCUCUCCCCAUCAUAGAACGUACUAAUUCCCCUCUUCCCCUCCCUACCUCGGCCCGCAACCUCUUCUCAUUCAUUCA